AUGGGCCCUGGACUUGGUGGAGGCCGUGAGCGUCGAGUCAUCCCAUUCCUGUUCAAUACUAAUAAUCAUCUACAGCCGAUAUUGGAGUUUUUCAUCCACUAUGUCGGCUCAGCUGAGGAGGCAGCACCAUACCUGAAGCCAUUCCAAGACUUGAGCCCUCUAUACCCAAAUGGCCAAUACUAUGCCUACCCCGAUAUCUACGACUACUUUAGAAACGUCACCACUUCACAGCUGUUGCACAACCAAUCGAUCGUCGUCUUCGAGGCUUGUUCGCUUGAGGGCGUGAAGGCUGUCGACCCGGCAUCUACUGCCUUCCCUCAUCGCGAAGAAAAUAUCCUAUGUGAUGUUCUUGUUACCUAUGACCCCGACAGCUCUCUUGAUGCGGAAGCAGUAGCCAUCGGAAAGAAGAUCACGCAGUUCUGGGCUGAUGGUCAGCCUUACCGCCAGAAGCACAUUUAUGUCAACUGUGCCUUCGGUGAUGAGCGACUGGACGGAUACCAAUGCAGCCAAGUUGCGCGGUAA